GGAUAUGAGCGAAUGCUGGUAGCCCACUUGCGGAAGCGAUGGCGUCUUCCACCACUAGAGGCUUGUGUAGACAGGCAAGUCCAUUCAACAUCUCUUCUCUCUAACAUUCCCGAUUUUCCUUCGAUUGUGGACCGACUUGCCAGCUAUAUCGGAGUCCUAACAAUCCGUUUUUGGCCAACCUGGGAGGACGAAUGCUCAGUGAUCUUGCGCCUUUUCCGAAGGUCUUAUCGCGUUGGCCAAUAAUGCAACUGUGCGACCACGUUCAGAUACUGUGAUAAGACUCAUACUACGCAACAACGACGGCGAUUCUAUCUGCUGGAGGCGACAUUGAAAUACGCAUUGGUGAGGCUUAUCGCCUGCUCGACUUCACCAUACUUGUUCGUUCCUGAGAAUGGGUGGAAUGAACCAGGAUGGACGGUUGGCGGCUGGACCAAAUCCGGCAAAAAAAGCUACAGUUGAGAUAGGUCCAGAGCAACCCGCCGCUCCUCAGCCAACAGAGACUACUGCUCUUCUUCCAAGCUCCCACGAAGAGAAGCCGGCCAAUGUACAUUAUCGGAACAUAUCCGGUCCACGGUUUCUUGUGCUCUUUCUGAGCAUAAUGUUUGGAACCACACUUGCCUUCUUCGACUCAACGCUGAUGGCAUCCGCCCACCCAGUCAUAACGUCGUACUUUCAUGCCUCCAAUGCAGCUUCCUGGCUGAGCACCGUCUUCUACCUUUCUUCAACUGUUUUUCAGCCACUCUACGGGCGAGUGUCGGACACCAUUGGCCGGCGGCCUGUGGUGUUCUUCGCAGCCACCAUCUUCUUCAUCUCCACGGCAUGGUGUGGAUUUGCGGGGAGUAUCGGAAGCUUCAUAGCCGCAAGAGCCGUUGCUGGUAUUGGUGCUGGCGGAGUCAUGUCAUGUGCCGGUAUACUGACCAGUGAUGUUGUCAAGAUUGAAUACCGCGGGAUCUACCAAAGUUAUUUCAAUAUAGCUUGGGGUCUAGGCAAUGGACUUGGAGCCGCGUUAGGCGGGUUUCUCUGCGAUCGUCUUGGAUGGAGGGCUGCCUUUUACGUGCAACUUCCAUUCCUCUUCAUCUACGCUCUCCUGACCCUGGUGUCAUGUCCACCAGAUCUGGGGCCAAACUUGGCCAAAACCCAAGGCAAGACCAUACGACAGGCGUUCAAGACCUUUGAUAUCCUCGGCGCAAUCAAUCUCACGGUCACCGUUACUUGCCUCAUCCUUGGAGUCAAUCUUGGUGGGAAUGUCUUCAGCUGGACACACCCGCUCGUCAUUACGAGUCUUGUUCUGUUCGUGGUGUCGACAUUUUCACUAUACUUCGUGGAACGGAAGGCAUAUUUGCCCAUGCUACCACUGCAACUUCUGUCCACCAUUCCCGUGGGCAAUCUCAUGUGGUCGAAUUUCUUCAGUUGCAUUGUUACAAACACGGUACUCUUCAAUGUACCAUUGUACCUCCAAGCAGUCAGGCAAACUACACCGACAGCCUCAGGUCUGAAUCUUCUCGUACUGUUGAUCGGCGGAACAAUCACGGCGCUCAUAUCGGGCGCCUACAUCACACUGACCAGGAGACAAAAGCCACCGAUGGUUUUAGGUACAGCUCUGUCUGUCCUGGGUGCAAUCUUUGUUACGUGCUUAUCAUCGACCACACCCACAUGGGCCGUUCCGCUUCUCAUACCACUCUGCUCGAUCGGACAGGGCUUCUUUUUCCCUGCCACCACAAUUGCAGUCCUCUCUUUGAACUCACAGGAAGAUCAAGCCGUCGUUACGACUACACUUGGACUUCUGAGGAACUUGGGUGCAAUUCUGGGUGUCGCGAUCAGCAGUUGGCUCCUCCAGAACGCGUUGUUAGUAUAUCUCGACCGCACAGUUGUUGGUCCAGAUGACGAGAUCAAAGCCCGCAUCAUUCGGGAUGUCAGAGAGUCUGUCGGAGCUAUCCGAGACCUCGAUCCGGAACACAAGAAACAGGUCAUCAUGGCUUAUGCGCAGAGUCUCCGAGUCACAUUCGCGCUUGCAAUCGUGAUCAGUGUGAUCGUUGUUUCUCUGAUUUGGCCAGUCGGUAUACCGCAUCUACAAAGGCAGGAGGACAUGGACAAAAAGAGUACUGGACUUGUCGCUCCUGAGGAUGAGGAUGAAGCAGUGACAGAAGAGAGCGAAGAUGAGGUUGACGAGCAGGUCGCGCCAUUGUCUAUCUCCCGUACCACCACCAACAACUCAAGGAGGACUCGGACAGCGGCAUCAUCGGUGGCGGGAUCAGCCCCGACCGGAAACCUGCAUGAUCUAGAAAGAAGAGCCAGUUUCGACACAAAUUGGUAAUUGUAUGUAAUCUCGGUG